AGUAGUGACUGUAGUCUUCUCCAGUUUCGUUCCCUUUGAUUACGCAGUUUCCGUUUUCGGCUCACAUUCCCUUUCCUCAUUUUGACGCAUAACACUCACUUACUGAGUCAACUCACUUCGUUUCAAACCGCCGCCAAUUUCCAAUGGGAAACUGCUGCUCUGACGUCGCCGGUGGCCAUGCCUCCGUCGGUACCACUGCGGGAGAUCUCCGGAAUCAGGCUGACACCGCCAACGACGCCGUCGACUACUUCCUCCGCUCCCGAGGCCACCGCGGCCUCUUCUCUCAGAUCGAGUUAUCGUUCUCCGCUUCGGGAUUGCGCGACAGGGAUGUGCUCUCAAAGAGUGACCCAAUGUUGGUUCUUUAUACGAAAGGAAAAAAUGGAGCACUUGAGGAACUUGGGCGCACAGAAGUAGUUCUAAAUUCAUUGGAUCCAACAUGGAUUACUAAACACACCCUCAUUUAUCAUUUUGAGGUUGUCCAAGUUUUAGUGUUUCGUGUGUAUGAUGUUGAUACUCAGUUUCACAAUGUAGAUGUGAAGAUGCUUAAGCUGGAAGAGCAGCAAUUUCUUGGUGAGGCGACCUGUGCAUUAUCUGAGAUAAUUACAAGAUUUGAUCAAUCAUUGACGUUAGAUCUACACAGAGAUGACUUUAUCACAUCAACCCACUCACAGAACUAUGGGAAGCUCUUAGUUCAUUGUGAAGAAUCUCUUAGCUCAAAGACUGCAAUAGAGAUGAUUUUCAGGUGUUCGGAUUUGGAAUAUAGAGAUCUAUUCUCAAGAAGUGAUCCUUUUUUACUGAUAUCAAAAGUGGUUGAAGGUGGUAUGCAAAUUCCCAUUUGCAAAACAGAAGUUAUAAAGAAUGAUCUCAACCCAAUGUGGAAGCCAGUGUUCUUGAAUAUUCAACAAGUAGGAGGCAAGGACAGUCCUUUGAUAAUAGAGUGCUAUAACUUCAAUAGCAAUGGCAAACAUGAUCUGAUGGGAAAAGUGAAGAGAUCUUUGCUGGAGUUGGAGAAGAUUCAUUCCAGUGGCCAAGGAGAAAAAUUAUUUCUGCCUAACAAGGUGUUAAACAGCCAGUUAUUUGUGGACAAAUUCACUGAAAGUGUGCAAUAUACUUUUCUGGAUUCUGUGGCUGGGGGAUUUGAAUUGAACUUUAUGGUGGCUGUUGACUUUACAGCUUCAAAUGGGAAUCCACGCCUUCCAGAUUCUUUACAUUAUCUUGAUCCUUCCGGGAGGCAAAAUGCAUACCAGAGGGCAAUUGUUGAGGUUGGGGAGGUAAUACAGUUUUAUGACUCAGACAAGCGGUUUCCUGCAUGGGGGUUUGGAGCACGACCAAUUGAUGGCCCUGUCUCCCAUUGUUUCAACUUGAAUGGAAGCAGUCAUUACUGUGAGGUGGAAGGGAUCCAAGGAAUUAUGACGGCAUACACAAGUGCCUUACUUAAUGUGUCUCUUGCAGGGCCGACUCUUUUUGGACCUGUCAUAAGCAAUGCCGCACUAAUUGCCAGCCAUUCUGUAGCAAAUGGUGGAAGGAAGUACUUUGUUUUGUUAAUAAUCACAGAUGGAGUAGUGACAGAUCUCCAAGAAACAAAAGAUGCUCUUGUUAAAGCCUCGGACCUACCGUUAUCAAUUCUUAUUGUUGGAGUAGGAGGAGCUGAUUUCAAAGAAAUGGAGGUUUUGGAUGCAGACAAGGGAGAACCCCUUGAAAGUUCAUCUGGACGCGUUGCUUCCCGUGAUAUAGUCCAAUUUGUUCCGUAUCGGGAUGUUCAAAGUGGAGAGAUUUCAGUAGUACAAGCACUUCUAGCGGAGUUACCAACGCAAUUUUUAACCUACGUGCGAAGUAGAAACAUUCAACCGAGCCUCUAGUCAUGUAAAAACUGUACAUAUUAAAAUGUUCAAUUUAUUUGAUCAAUGUGCUACCCUCAACCCUCCGAGGUAUCAUGAAUUGAUUAAUUCGACUAAAGGGUCAUUGGGUCAAGAACUCUUGCAUUCUGCUAAUGCUCAAGAAGGGUUCUCCAGUAAGAUCAUCUUAUCAACCCUUAUGAUUAUCAUUUCCUUGUGUUGUGUUCAUGUUCUUUUUGUUUUUUCUAGGUGCUUCGUUCGGCCUGAAAAAUAUUUUUGUUACAAGUCCAUGUUUUCUUCUAUAGAGCAAAAGUUGGCUCCUAUCACACCAUGUAUGCUUAUUAUAUAUUUUCUUUUACGAAAUGCACUUUGUGGAUGUAUUUAGAUUGUAUUUGGUAUUGGAAUGAACAAGAAAAUGUUGAAUUCAGAAAAUUCGGCACUGCUAAAGUCUACUAUUAGUGAGUUCAUCAUACCACUUCUUUUGCCGUUAAUGGUCUCAUGAAUAUUUGAAUUUUGAAUUUUAAGGGUAUAUAUUUGAGGGGAAAGUAAUAGCACAUAUGCAACAGGUGAAUUCCUCUUUUGCCGACAAACCACUUGUUAAAGUUGGGAUGUUCAUGCACCAGGAAUCGUGUACCAAAAUCAAAGCAUCAGAUUGAAAAGGUAUCAAAUCCUACAUAUGAAAUGCACCCAAAGAAAUAGAAAAGAGAAAAAAAGUUUGUUUCUCGAGCAUUGAAAGAGAAGCAACCAAGAAAACACGCAUGGGAGAAAGAAUAAGAAUUUAAUUUUAAUAUAUUAACGUUCUAAUAUUCGUUAACCUUUUUAUUUCCUUUUAAAAGCAAAGGUAAUAAAAUUUGGAAAUACACCUAAGAGGGUAUUUAGAGUGAGUGGAAAGAGAGUUUAACCAUUGGGUAUGAAGAUAUAAAUAUAAUUUAUUGAUUAACUUUUAGAAGUCUUGAGAGCCAAUAUUAUAUAGUCAACACUUAGCGUUAGAAAAAAAAAUAUAUGAAAUUUUAAAAAAUAAAAAAAUAUGAAAUUCAAUUAUAAAAAACAUCUAAAAUUCAAAUUCAAUAAAAACUUAAUUUU